CAUUAUUCUUAGAGUUCUGGAUUCGUACUGGACGAGCCCAUUAAAGCCCAGCCAUCACAGUAUAAAAAUCUUAUCUGUACGAAUAUGGUGUAACUUGCUUCGCGGGAAAUCCCGGCAACUACUAUGACAACUGACUAGCCGUCGAACUCGUCUUCUACCUCCCCAAAUAAACGCCUCAAAAUCCUAAUUUCUGAUUCCAGAUGCGCAAUUAAUGAAGAAACUAAUCAAUUUGAAUCUAAAGUAGAGCAGAAAAUGGAAGAAAAUCAAUCUACGGGAAACGAAUCAAUGUCGAUGGACGGCUCAGAUUCGUUGUGCUGUGGAAUCUGUUUGUCUGAUAAUCGGAAUUCAAUUAGAGGACAAAUCGAUAGCUGCGAACAUUACUUCUGCUUCGUUUGCAUCUUGGAGUGGGCUAAGGUCGAAUCUCGGUGUCCAAUGUGCAAGCGCCGGUUCAAUACCAUUCGUAGACCGGCAAAGGACGGCGUAUUUCCUUGUGAACGCGUCGUUAAUGUCCCUAAACGUGACCAGGUUUACCAUCUUUCUGGAAAUGCCUCUGUUGCGCCUUUUGAUCCGUAUGCACGAGUUCAGUGUAGCUUGUGCCACAGUGCAAAAGAUGAAUGUUUUCUAUUACUUUGUGAUCUUUGUGAUUCUGCCGCCCAUACUUAUUGUGUUGGCCUGGGAGCCACUGUACCUGAAGGUGAUUGGUUUUGCAAUGACUGUGCUGUUUCUAGGACUGAACAUGACAAAUUGCAAAAAGAUAAUGAUGAUAUCGAUGAGAACCUAUAUGUGAAGUCCAAGGUAAUGCUAGCAGCUGAACUGAGUGCUUCGAAGCUUGAUGUCAACAGCCAGAGUACCUUGGAAGAUUCUGAUUCCAUGGAAGUGGAUUAUGCAGACGUUUCCAUUUUUGACAUCGUACAUGAACCACAUAUCCAAUCUUUUCACAGGCAGUUAACCUUCUCCACAGAUCCUUUGCCCUUUGAAAGGCGACCCAAUCUUGCAGAUGAAAUGACUCAGCUAGGAGAAAGAACAUCUCAGACUAAUGCUUAUGCGGUAACCCCAACCGGAGCAAGAACAUUGAGUCGCUGUCGGAAUGUGCAUGGUUAUAUACGAGUAUUGCGUGAAAAUUGGAGUUCUUUGCAGAGUGGGUCCUUGAGAUUCUCUUGCAGUUCACCUGAAUCUAGCAAAAGCAUUGGAAAAUGCAAUACUCAUGCAGCUUCUAAUGGCAGUUCAGUCCAACCACAUUCCUUAUCUUCUACAAGUGGUCAGCAACCAACAACUAAAGGUACACCUGACAUCUUUACUCAAGAUAGACAUUAUAAUGAUAUUGACAAAGCAUGGAAAAUGAUGCAUAAGGCAAAGUCAAUACAACAGGCUAAUGGAACAACAAAAAGUGUUGAUUUGGUAUCAAAAAAUAUUUUGAGCAAAGGCAAAAGAAAAUUAAUUGAUGGAAGUUCAAGUCUGCAGUUAUCAAGAACUGAACAACUUUCCUUUGACUCUAGAAGCAAACAACUUGGAACUAGAGGGUUGAAGAACACUGUAACUGAGAAGCAGAGCAAGGUUUAUCCUCAAGAAAAGCAUGCUAAGAAGCAUACAUCGAGUAAGUUGGAAAUGCAAAAGCAUUCUACAGUUGGAACCAAGGGAAUUGUGAAAUCUUAUGACAGCAUACCAACUACUUCUUCACCGGGACUUUCUGUCUCUGUAUCAUCUUGGAAGGUGCAGACUAGCAGUCAUUGCAAUGUCGUUCAUGAAAAUUGGAAAACACUCGUGCAGACAUCAAUAAAUCUUAUUGAUGAGGGAAAUGGAUCUGGCCCUAAGAUAACUUCGGCCGAGGCAGUGCCAGGACCUUCUAAAUCAUUGAACACCAAAACAGACAUCAAUGCAUCUUCCUCCUCUAAGAGGGAUAUUGUUGAGGAAGAUGUUAGAAUGAAAAAGGGUUGCACUGGAAGUAAGGUGAGAAAAGACAUGAGAAAAGACGAUGAUGCUAAAAGUGAGAUCCAAUCUCUUGUCAAACUCAACUUACAGCUACUAAAUAGACACAAACGAUUAGGAAUUAAUACAUUCAAAGAAGUUGCGAGGCUGGCCACACAUACUAUUUUGGCUGCGUGUGGUUUUGAGCAUUCAAGGCAUGUUUUUCACUCUCCCCCAUGCUCUAUAUGCAGCCAUUCUGAACGCGUGCAGCAACUCCGUAAGUCCUCUUUAAUGCCAAAUUCUUGCCGAGAAUGCUUUUUGGUCUUUGUAAAGGAUAUCGUGGAGUCAAUUUUUUCUGAGAAAGUAUCUCAUGCUAAAUCUUGAAAAUUUCUCUCAUAAAGGGUUAGUACACUGCUGCCAAUCUAUGCGGGUUUCUCUCUUUCAUCAUCUCCAUUUUGAUGAAAGCGGUGUAAUUACCUUCAUGUGUCCCAUGUUACUAUGUCUCCGUAAAUUAUCAUUUGAUCACAUUUAACCAAUGUACCUCCCUCUUUUUCCCUUUGUUUAGUAUUGAAGGCAUGUCUAAAGAUGUUGCUGAAGAUAAAUCUGUACCAAGCUGAAGUAGAUAGAUAAUACAAAUCUGUACCUAUCAUUUUUAACUGUAAGUGUACUUAAACCAGCGGCAGCUAAUGUACCCGGACUGCUUACUUGCAACAUGGAAAUCAUUUUACACUUCAAUAAUUCUGUCAUGUGAACCUCUGUUGCAUUGGAGAGAUGUGCUUUGUUAGUCACUUGUAUUGUUUAUAAAUCAUACACAAAUCUAUUAUCUCCACUAUCAGGAAGUCCCAUUGCUGGCGAGAUUUUUCUUCCUUCAAAGGAGAGAGAAUGAUGGAAACAGAGGGAUUAGGAUAGCCAGGAAAGGGGAUUGGCAAUUGUGCUGGAAUAGCAAUAAUUGUUUCUCAAAUUCUUAAUUCAAUACGUGAAGAAUAUUGUUUU